UCGUUUAAGCGGGGAGGGCUUUCGUUUACCUCCAAAUUCUGAAAAUGGAAAUGGCUCGAGGGUUUCUGCUGUCUCUGUAAAUUGGAAGAAAGGAAGAAGAUGAAGAUAGUGACGUACAACGUGAAUGGGCUGAGGCCACGCAUUGCGCAAUUUGGCUCUCUUCUCAAAUUGCUAAAUUCGCUGGACGCAGAUAUCAUUUGUGUUCAGGAAACCAAACUGAGAAGACAAGAAUUGACCGCCGACUUGGUCAUGGCGGAGGGCUACGAGUCCUUCUUCUCCUGCACUCGUACCUCAGAGAAAGGCCGAACUGGAUACUCCGGUGUGGCUACGUUUUGCCGCGUAAAAUCGGCAUUCUCGAGUGACGAAGUAGCGUUGCCGGUGGCCGCAGAGGAAGGCUUCACUGGGCUCCUUGAGAUUGGAAAAGGAGAAAUGGCUGCGGCUGCAGAAGGGCUGGAGGAGUUUUCGAAGGAUGAGCUUCUUAAGGUUGAUGGCGAGGGACGGUGUAUUAUCACAGAUCAUGGUCAUUUUGUUCUCUUCAAUUUGUAUGGGCCUCGAGCUGUAUGUGAUGACACAGAAAGGAUUGAGUUUAAGCUCAAGUUUUUCAAGAUUUUACAGAAAAGGUGGGAGUCUCUCCUGUUUCAGGGGAGGAGGAUAUUUGUUGUUGGUGAUCUUAACAUUGCACCCACCUCUUUAGAUCGUUGUGAUGCAGAACCAGAAUUUGAGAACAACCAAUUUAGAAGAUGGUUUAGAUCUAUGUUGGUGGAAAAUAAAGGCUCAUUCUUUGAUGUUUUCAGAGCAAACCAUCCUAAUAGAAGAGAAGCGUACACAUGCUGGCCACAAAAUACAGGUGCUGAAGAAUUUAAUUAUGGCUCUAGAAUCGACCACAUUCUUUGUGCAGGAUCAUGCUUACACCAAGAACAGGACCUGCAAAGCCACAAUUUUGUAACUUGCCAUGUCAAGGAGUGUGACAUAUUGACACAGUAUAAACGGUGGAAACCAGGAAAUUCACUGAGGUAUAGGAUACAUGGAUGCUUGUUUUGUGUGCGUGUGCACCCCAUUGGUGGAAGGGAGGGCAGAGUAUUAAACUUGAAGGCUCUGAUCAUGCUCCUGUUUACACAAGUUUGCUGGAAAUUCCUAGUGUCUUCCAGCAUAGCACCCCAUCUUUAUCUGCUAGAUACAUUCCAAUGGUUCGUGGGCUCCAGCAAACCCUGGUCGUGUGCAGUAUCAGUGUUAAUGAAAAGACAAACUGCUGAACAAGUUAAUUCAGAUGGAGAUAUCAUUAAAGAGAGUUGCAGUGAGAGAGAAAGAAGCUCGUCUGACCACUGUAGCACACCCGGUGUACCCAGUGGAAACUCACGUUCUUCUUCGAGCCAAAACUUUGAAGUUCUCAGUUCAAAAUCAAAUGAGCAUUCCAACCGUUUUUCUAUGGAGGAUGCUUGUAACACCUUGGUGACUUUAGGUGGUCAACGUACCAAAACAACGUGCGGCAGUGAACCAAAGAAAAAGGCAAAAAGGAGCUCUCAACUCUCAUUGAGGUCAUUUUUCCAGAAAAGUUCAAUCCCUAGCAAUGGUGUCGGCAAUGGUACUGAUACUUCAACUAAUCAGAUAGAUGUUCCAGAUUCUAAUCAUCUGUCAAAUGAAACUCCAAUACCAGAGAAUCAAGGUGGCAGUCCCAAGCAGUGUGAAUUGAACUCAAGCGCAUCAAUUGAGGAUCAGGAUGAAGUAGAUGUCUGUACUUUGGAGAAAGAGAAGAAUAAUUUUGCUCUAAUAGAGUGGCAAAGGUUGCAGCAAGUCAUGCAGAAUAGCAUACCACUUUGCAAGGGCCAUAGGGAACCCUGUGUUGCUCGGGUUGUGAGGAAGCGAGGUGCUAAUUUUGGACGCAGGUUUUAUGUCUGUGCUCGUGCUGAGGGGCCUGCAUCUAACCCUGAAGCAAAUUGUAAUUAUUUCAAAUGGGCUGCUUCAAAACCUCGACAAAAAUGAUGAUCACUGAUUCAGGUAAUAUGGAUGUCAAGCUGUUAAUUUCCUGCCUACUGUAAACUUGGAGAUGGCGCGGUGCCGGCCAUCUCAGUUUAGGAAAUUUUUUGAUCAAAAUUAUUCUUCUGGGAAUCGAAUCUCUCAGGCAUAAGCUCCUGUGUUGUAUUAUUAGCUGUUUAACGUUAUUCAUUUCCUUGUUUAGUGAAUUGAUCGCAGUGCUCCACGAAACAAAUAUGUUUUCAAAAAUAUGAAAACUAAUUUUUUUUCUUUUAAA